AAAAAACUCACCAUCCCCAUCAAUAAUUUCUCAUUCUCUCUCCUCUCUCUCUCUCUCUCUCUCUCUCUCUCCAAUUCACCUGAUCUGGCAUUCGAAGAACACGGCAAACACAUACAGCGAGUCGCCUUGGCGAGUUAGGGCUGUUCGAUCAACCAGAAUGUCCACGUCGACCACCCCGACCAGAUCCUCGCCCGACGCGGCGCCGCUGCUGAGCCCCGACGAGGAUCGCAGCAGCCGGAGCCUCCGGCGGCAGAGCAUGCGGGAGGCGGCGCGGUUCCUGCGGCGGGCCGGGAGCCGGCGGCUGAUGCGCGAGCCGUCGAUGCUCGUGCGCGAGGUCGCGGCGGAGCAGCUGGAGGAGCGGCAGAGCGACUGGGCCUACUCGAAGCCCGUCGUGUUCCUCGACAUGGUUUGGAACCUGAUGUUCGUCGUGGUCGCGGUGGGAGUGAUGGUCCUGAGCCGCGGCGAGUCGCCGUCGAUGCCGCUUAGGGUUUGGAUCGUGGGGUACGCUCUCCAGUGCGUGGUCCACAUGGUUUGCGUUUCCGUCGAGUACAGGAGGCGGCGUAGGCGGUCGGUUGCCGCGGCCGGUGCGGUGGAUGGGGGGAAUGGGAAUCAGUACGUUUCGUUGGCUCACCUAACGGAUGACAGUACAAGUAGCAUGGCCAAGCACUUAGAAUCUGCAAAUACAAUGUUCUCCUUUGUCUGGUGGAUCAUUGGAUUUUAUUGGUUAUCCGUGGGUGGACCAUCGUUGGCAAGGGAAUCUCCACAACUUUACUGGGUUUCCGUACUUUUCUUGGCUUUGGACGUCUUCUUCGUUGUUUUCUGUGUUGCCCUGGCAUGUGUGAUUGGUAUUGCGGUUUGCUGCUGCCUUCCAUGUCUUAUUGCAGUCUUAUAUGCUGUGGCAGAUCAGGAAGGAGCAUCCAGAGAUGUCGUUGAGCAACUCCCAAGAUACAAUUUCCGGAGGGUUGGUGAUACAGACAAGCUUAGUGGUGAGGUACAAGGACCUUUUGCAGGAGUAAUGACAGAAUCUGGCACAGAUUCACCAAUUGAACAACAUCUUUUACACGAGGAUGCUGAGUGUUGCAUUUGCCUUUGUAAUUACGAUGAUGGAGCUGAGCUUCGGGAACUUCCCUGUGGUCAUCAUUUUCAUUCCUCCUGUGUAGACAAGUGGCUAUACACCAAUGCUACUUGUCCCCUCUGCAAGUACAACAUCGUCAAGGAUAAAAUCCAAGGCAGCGAACAAGUGUAGAAGAAAGUUGCCUAGGAUUUAGGGUUCCCACAUGUGCAACUCUGCAUGCUUGCUCGAAGCUCAAGGCUUUUUAUCGCGGAAUAUGGUGUUAAUAACCGUUUCUAUUCUUCUUGUUGUGGAAGUAGUUGUGAUUUGUAGGGGUGGUGCGUGUAUGUGCCUGCUCUGGAUGUGUCGAGCAUUUGUCCAUUGUUGUCCAGGGCAAUCCUCUGGGGGAAUUAUUUUGCGCGUUGUUUUCAUUUCACCCCCCUUGCUUUCUCUUAUGGGGCGAGAACAAUGCUGUAACAACGAAAGCAAAUUCCUGUAUCCAAAUUAUCUCCGUUAGAGGGAGAAUCCCGAGUUUUAUAUAAAUGUUUAAUCAUUACUCUGGAGAAACUAUUCUCUCCUUGAGCA